CCGAGUUGACUCAAUGGAACAUUUAAACCCUAGAGACUUUCAGGCUGGCUUGAGUUUGAUAGCAGGGUUUAAGCGCGCGCCAGGAAGAAAAGCCUCCAUUUCACGGUAUCCACAAGCUCGAUGCCCUCCUGAAAUCGCACCUUGAAAGCGUCCAUGGCCGGUUCAAGGCUGUCCUCCUUAGCGGCGGUGGCGGCCGCCGCAGCCACGGCUGCUUCCUUACCGGCAUUGUCUAACCGCGCGUACGCUGAUUCUCCUUUCCGCUUCUCCCCUUUUUCUUCUCCUUCUCCUUCUCCUUCUCCGCCCGCGCCACAAUCAGAAUCUUCGCAUGAGAAGGCUUCGCCGGCCGCUGACGAGCCCAGGGGCGGGUUCGAUCCGGAAUCGCUGGAGAGGGGUGCCAAAGCUCUCCGAGAAAUCAACAGUUCUCCGCAUGCCAAGCAGGUGUUCGAAGUGAUGAGAAAGCAGGAGCAGAAUCGGCUUGCUGAGUUGGCGGCAGAGAAAGCGCAUUAUGAAGCCAUUCAAUCUCAAGCUGACAUUGACAAGCAGCAGAAAAUGGCUGAGGAGCAAAGGAAUUUAUUACAGCAACAAUCACAGGCAAAGGCACAAAUGUUGCGAUAUGAAGAUGAGUUGGCUAGGAAAAGAAUGCAGACGGACCAUGAAUCUCAGAGACGGCAUAAUGCUGAGUUGGUUAGGAUGCAAGAGGAGUCCUCCAUACGGAAAGAACAGGCAAGGAGGGUGACUGAAGAACAGAUCCAAGCUCAACAACGUCAGACGGAGAAAGAGAAAGCUGAAAUAGAACGUGAAACCAUAAGAGUAAAGGCCAUGGCUGAGGCCGAAGGUCGGGCUCAUGAAGCAAAAUUGACCGAGGACCAUAACAGAAGAAUGCUUUUAGAACGGAUGAAUGGCGAAAGAGAAAAGUGGCUUGCAGCCAUCAAUACAACUUUUAGUCACAUUGAAGGGGGUUUCAGGGUUUUGUUAAAUGACAGGAGUAAAUUACUUAUGACUGUUGGUGGAGCUACUGCCUUAGCUGCAGGAGUAUAUACUACAAGAGAAGGAUCCAGAGUGAUUUGGGGGUAUGUCAACCGGAUUCUGGGGCAACCAUCACUGAUUCGAGAAUCAUCCAUUGCAAAAUUCCCAUGGUCGGGAAUAGUUUCUCAAGGAGCUAACAAGUUGCUUAAUUACAGUACAGCAGCAGGGGCAGCAUCUGCUGGUAGUAAAACUAAAUUUGGAAAUAUUGUCCUUCAUCCUUCUUUGCAGAGAAGGAUAGAGCACCUUGCUAGAGCUACAGCAAACACAAAGUCUCACGAGGCACCCUUUCGCAACAUGCUGUUUUAUGGCCCUCCCGGGACUGGUAAAACCAUGGUUGCCAGAGAAAUAGCUCGAAAAUCGGGUUUGGAUUAUGCUAUGAUGACAGGAGGUGAUGUUGCCCCAUUGGGUCCGCAGGCUGUUACCAAAAUUCAUGAAAUAUUUGAUUGGGCCAAAAAGUCAAAGAAAGGUUUGCUGCUUUUCAUUGAUGAAGCUGAUGCUUUUCUCUGUGAGCGUAACAGCAAGCACAUGAGCGAGGCUCAACGAAGUGCUCUAAAUGCAUUGCUCUUUCGAACUGGAGACCAGUCGAGGGAUGUAGUUCUCGUGCUUGCCACAAACAGACCAGGCGAUCUGGACAGUGCUAUAACUGACCGAAUUGAUGAAGUUAUUGAGUUCCCUCUUCCCGGGGAGGAGGAGCGCUUCAAACUUCUGAAGCUCUACUUGAACAAGUACAUGUCUGAUGAAGGCGUUAACGAGUCCAAAUUGGGCUCGCUCUUCAAUAGAACCGCACAAAAAAUAACCAUAAAAGAUCUGUCAGAUGAAGUUCUCCGAGAGGCGGCCCAGAAGACAGAAGGCUUCUCGGGUCGAGAGAUCGCAAAACUCAUGGCCGGCGUUCAAGCAGCCGUCUACGGGCGCCCGGAUUGUGUACUGGAUUCUGGGCUGUUCAGGGAGAUAGUCGACUACAAGGUUGCAGAGCAUGAGCAGCGGAUGAGAUUGGCAUCUGAGGGCGGUCAGACAGCUUAACACAGUGGAAUUUGGCUGGGAAAUUUUUGUUCCAGGUUUCCCAAUUUUUGUUGUUUGUGAAUUUUUCACGUUUGGUAGUAUAUUGAUCUCUUCCACUUUCAUGCAACAACUGGAAGCAUAUAAGGGCAGGUUGAUGAGCAGUAAUGGUGGGUGGGCGAUACCCUGUGUAGGCUGUGUUGGCGAAGCUUUUGAUGCGGGUUCAAUAAAGUUACCUAUGGCUGCGGAUAAGAUUUUGGCCAUUGUCAUUUUGUUGGAUGUCUUACAGCUUUUCAAAUUAUUAUACACUUAGAAUCUUCAUUCUAUAGUUUUCCAAAUUGCAGAGCAUCUCCGAUUUUUAUUCUA